AUGGAUAUCCAUCGCCUAGCCGCCUUGUUGUUGACCGUUGCGACCAUCACUGGUGCUACAGUUAUUACGAAUGACUCUUCUGCCAUUGCUACAUCUUUCGAAUAUAUCAUCGUUGGCGGAGGAACCACUGGGCUAGCCAUUGCGAAUCGUCUCUCAGUAAAGCACACAGUGUUGGUGGUAGAACGUGGGGAUGACGAGAUCAAUAACGAGGGGAUCAACAAUCCAUUUAUACCGUUCGGGGCACAUUCGGCCAGCGUGACUUGCCAUCUAGCGGGUUCUACUCCACCACAAGUCGGCGCGAACGAGACACGCGUGCUACCAGUCGCAUUUGGUAAUUGCCUUGGAGGAGGCUCAUCCAUCAAUACAAUGAUGGGAUCCAGGCCCACUGUUGCGGGUAUGGACGCUAUAGCAGCUCUCGGAAACCCCGGUUGGGAAUGGGACAACUUCUUACCGUUCAUGGAAAGGUCAGAGACGUUCUCCCCGCCCGACGAGGGACAGAUCGCAGAUGGGGCCAACUUCAACGCUUCAGUCCACGGCUUCUCUGGACCUGUAGGUGUCUCGUUUGCCAAUCCGUUGAUCGCGCCCGAGAUGCAAUUCGCAGCCAAAAACACCUCUGAAACCAUCUAUGGGUUGACAUUGACUACUGAUCUAGGCGAUGGAUUUUCUGGGGGACAUGUUUCAAGCUUCUACCACCAUAUACAUUUCAACGAAACCCUCCAAGAGCAGCGCCGCUCGUCUUCAGCCUGGUCGUAUUUAUAUCCACAGGAUCAGCAGCGUUCGGGACUGACCGUCCUCACCCAGCACCGCGUCAACUCUAUACUGACUACACCCGCGGUAGACAGCAAUAUUUCUGCUACGGGCACGGUAGUCGAACCUAUAGCCAGCGGCGGAAUUCUCACUUUUAAUGCAACGAGAGAAGUGGUUGUAUCUGCUGGGGCUCUGUUCUCACCUGCCGUGUUGCAGCACAGCGGGAUCGGAAACUCGACGUUCUUGCAAAGUCUUGGUAUCACGCCUGUUCUGGACCUCCCUGGUGUUGGCUCGAACUUUCAAGAUCAGACAUUGAUGACCAACAUCUCAUUCCCGAUCAACAAUGCGUCUGCGUCUAACACCAACAUCACAGGCACUGAGGCACUUCUGGGGAUUGUUGUGGCCCACGCCACCGCCGACAAUGCUUUCGGCCCUAAUGGUACAGCAAUGGUAGCUUCCGCAUACCGCAAUAUAUCUGCUGAACGUGCAUUGGAAUCCGGUGGCGUCGUUAAUUUCGAGUCCUUGUCUGAACAGGCUUCGGUAAUUGCAGAUGCCAUAGAAGCAGACCAUCCCCUCAUCGAGCUAUUCUUCACGCCUGGAAGCCAGCUCAGCAUUUGGGCCCAAUCCGUCUUACCCAUCUCCCGUGGUACCGUCAGAAUCAACAGCACCGACCCUUCCGACAUGCCCGUCAUCAAUCCGGAGUACCUCAGCAAUGAAGUCGACGUCGACAUCAUGAUACGCGCAAGUAGACGGAUGGGUGAAGCCGCUGCGACGCCACCCUUCAGUGACUUCCUUACGCCUACGGCGUUCGCGCAGUCGGGUAUGCCUGCGUUGAAUGCGACGGAUGAAGAAUGGAGAGUAUGGAUGCUUGAGACAUAUCUGCCCGGAGUUCAUUUCAUUGGAAGUAAUUCCAUGAUGCCCCAGGAAUUGGGUGGCGUUGUUUCUCCCGAGUUACUAGUAUACGGAACGACAAACAUUCGCGUGGCGGAUGCGUCGAUUAUGCCGCUAGGUGUCUUCCCGCACUGUACGCUAGGCUUGUACGGAGUGGGAGAGAAGGCUGCAGAGAUGAUACUGCAGGCUGCCUCAACGAACUGAGUUUGGGAUCGAGUAUUGCGACGUAGAGUUCUACAACAGACAUUUUUCAU